AAAAAAAGUCUCUUAUUUUGAAAAACAUCCCGGAAGUACAUUGCUCCUUAAAACUAACAGGCUGUCACACAUUCCUGCUCCUUUUUUUCCCACCUAAAUAUAUUUUUAAAUAUAUAUUUCAGUUUCAUUAGAUUUUAAAGAUGACGAUUUAUUUCCCGCUUUUUAUUAUCCAGAAUAUUCCGCUGGUUUUUGCGGAGCUCUGAAUGAGAAGGUGAGUGGUCUGAAGUGGCCCCUUCAUGAUGGACCUAAGAAGAACCUGAGCAUGGAGCCGGCGAGUGUGGAGAACCUGUGCGUGUUGUACCACAGUGCUGAUUACCUGGUGCUCAAUAAACACUGGGACAUCCGCAUUGACAGCAAGCUGUGGAGCGAAACACACACGGUCCAGAAGCAACUGAUGCACCGGUUCCCUCAGCUUGCAGAUCCUCAGACGCACUACGGCUUCAGGUUCUGCCAUCAGCUGGACUUUUCCACCAGUGGAGCGCUGUGUGUGGCUCUGAAUAAAGCAGCUGCCGGACAAGCGUAUCGCUGUUUCAAAGACAGAACUGUAACCAAGGCUUAUCUUGCUCUGGUUCGAGGCACCGUGACUGAUGGCAGAAUGACGCUGGACGCCGCCAUCGGGAAAAACACCACCGAGGGAAAAACACACAUGAUGUGUGUGGAAGGAACCGAAGGAUGUGAGAAUCCCAAGCCCAGCCAGACAUUAUUAACUGUAUUAGAACGCGGAUCAUAUGAUGGAGAGCCAGUUACUAAAGUUCUUCUGCAGCCUCUUACAGGACGCACCCAUCAGCUCCGGGUGCACUGCUGCUCCAUCGGUCAUCCCAUCGUCGGCGACUUCACUUACAGCCUCGGCACAGACGGCUCUCCGUACCGCAUGAUGUUACACGCCUACUUCCUGCAGAUCCCUCUGCAACGCGAGGUCAUCCAGGUCACGGCUUCCGAUCCCAUCGUUCCCGAACUCGACCCCAAAUGGAAGCCGGAAACGGUCGUUGCAAAUCUCGAGAGGUUAAUGAGCGAACUAAUCACGAGAACUGAAGCGGAUGAGCGACGAAGGAAGGAGGAGGAAGAGGCGAGGAAGCUGGCGAGAGAAGAGGAGAAGAAGAGGAGGAAGAGCGUGGUGGAGAGUGUGGAGGAACGGGCACAGUGUCAGCACUGGCUCUCUGAAUGGAAUCUCAGUGACUAGUCAUUUAUUCUUUGUUUAUUUUUUUGUAAUUAAACCAAUGAACAAAUCUAACAGUGCUUUUAAAAACCCAAAAAUAAAGACGCCGGAAUCCAA